AUGCCUCAGUUGCAGACCGUUGACACAACUCAUAAACAUCCAUAUGAGUGCAAGAAAUGUGGAAAAUCAUUUACCUAUGGCAGUAGUUAUUACAGGCAUGUUGUCGAACACUCUGGUAAACGUCCCUACAGUUGCAAGGUGUGUGACAAGACCUUCACCACCCAGCAAAAUCUCACCAGACACAUGAGAACCCACACCGGUGAGCGUCCGUACCUUUGCUUGAUGUGUGAUAAAACCUUCGUCGACAGAAGUAAUUUAAAUUAUCACAUGGAUUCACACAGCAAGGUACGUUGCUACAAGUGCGAGCAAUGUGAGAAAUCUUUUACUUCGUUGUACAAACUGAAGCGUCACAGGCGCUGCCACGCCAAUAACAAAAUUUACAAGUGUGAGAUGUGUGAGAAGAGAUUCUCCGACAAGUCCAAUUGUAACCAGCACAUGCGUUAUCACGCUCUUGAUCAGCGUUAUAGAUGCAAUAUUUGCAAAAAAACAUUUCCUUUCAAGAGUACUCUUGAUGCCCACGUGGCCCAACACUCUGACAAGCCUGACUAUCGAUGUAAAAGUUGUUUUAAAGGAUUCGAAUGUGAACGCAAUUUGAUUGAGCACAUUCGUGGACACAAAGUUGAACAGCUUUUCACUUGUUACCAUUGCAACGAUAUUUUCUAUAGGAAAAUUCUACUCAUUAGGCACAUCCGGCGACAGCACAUGCCUGAAAUUGUUGACGUUGCCAAUAACGUUGAAAGAGAGUACACUUGCUACCACUGCAAAAAAGUUUUUACCAAGAGAGACAAUAUUGCUUACCAUAUCAAGCGUUGCCACAUAAAUGACAAAGAUCUUCGUCCGUUUAAGUGUUUUUAUUGCAACAAAUUCUUUCGAAGGAGAGAGGAUAUCGUCAAGCAUAUUCAAAAAGUACAUAUGGCAGAGAUUAUCAGUCGGAAGUAG